AUGUUUAACUAUGAACGUCCAAAACACUUCCUUCAAUCCCAAAAUCCAUGUGGCUCCAGACUGCAGCCUCCCGGACCGGAAACAUCCAGCUAUUCUAGCCAGACCAAACAGUCUUCCAUUAUCAUCCAGCCCCGCCAAUGCACAGAGCAAAGAUUUUCUGCCUCCUCAACAGUGAGCUCUCACAUCACCAUGUCCUCCUCUGCUUUCCCUGCUUCUCUCCAGCAGCAUGCUGGCCCCAACCCAAGCCAAAGGGUUACAGCCACCUAUAACCAGUCCCCAGCCAGCUUCCUCAGCUCCAUAUUACCAUCACAGCCAGACUAUAGUAGCAGUAAAAUCCCUUCUAAUGUGGACUCCAAUUAUCAACAACCCUCAUUUGGCCAACCUGUAAAUGCUAAACCAUCCCAAAGUGCAAAUGCUAAGCCCACUCCAAGGACUCCUGAUCAUGAAAUACAAGGAUCAAAAGAAGCUCUGAUUCAAGAUUUGGAGAGAAAACUAAAAUGUAAGGACAGCCUUCUUCACAACGGAAAUCAACGGCUCACAUAUGAGGAGAAGAUGGCUCGCAGAUUGCUAGGACCACAGAACGCAGCUGCUGUGUUUCAAGCUCAAAAUGACAGUGAAGCACAAGAUUCACCACAGCAGCACAACUCAGAACAUGCACGACUGCAAGUUCCUACAUCACAAGUAAGAAGCAGAUCGUCUUCAAGGGGAGAUGUGAAUGAUCAGGAUGCAAUCCAGGAAAAAUUUUACCCACCUCGUUUCAUUCAAGUACCAGAGAACAUGUCAAUUGAAGAAGGAAGAUUCUACAGAAUGGAUUUCAAAGUAAGCGGACUGCCAGCUCCUGAUGUGUCAUGGUAUCUGAAUGGAAGACCAGUUCAAUCAGAUGAUUUUCACAAAAUGAUAGUGUCUGAAAAGGGUUUUCAUUCACUCAUCUUUGAAGUGGUCAGAACUUCAGAUGCAGGUGCUUAUGUGUGUGUUGCCAAGAAUAGAGCAGGAGAAGCCACCUUUACUGUGCAGUUGGAUGUCCUGGCAAAAGAACAUAGAAGAGCACCAAUGUUUAUCUACAAACCACAGAGCAAAAAAGUUUUUGAGGGAGACUCAGUGAAGCUAGAAUGCCAAAUCUCAGCUGUACCUCCACCAAAGCUUUUCUGGAAAAGAAAUAAUGAAAUGGUACAAUUCAACACUGAUCGAAUAAGUUUAUAUCAUGAUAACUCUGGAAGAGUUACUUUACUGAUAAAAGAUGUAAACAAGAAAGAUGCUGGGUGGUAUACUGUGUCUGCAGUUAAUGAAGCUGGAGUGACCACGUGUAACACAAGAUUAGAUGUUACAGUCCGUCAAAACCAAACUCUUCCAGCUCCUAAGCAGUUACGUGUUCGACCAACUUUCAGCAAAUAUUUAGCACUUAAUGGUAAAGGUCUGGACGUGAAACAAGCUUUUAACCCUGAAGGAGAAUUUCAGCGUCUAGCAGCUCAAUCUGGACUUUAUGAAAGUGAAGAACUUUAA